AUGCAAGCUUAUCCCUGUCAAGAUCUACUGCCAGGGUUUCGGAAGCAGUUGAGAUCUACUUUCACAGGCACUUGCACCCAGGCAGGAUCAUCUACUCUGCAGGAGGCACUGCUUCUGCUGGCUCACCUCAGCUGGCUCUUAUACCCAUAUGCAAGCUUAUCCCUGUCCUCACCACAAACUGGUCCAUCUACUAGUGUCCAGGGUUUUCUACCUUCACAGAAGCAGUUGACAUCUACCUUCACAGGGGAUCACCUCUGCAGGAAGCAUACUGCUGGCUCACCUCAGCUUCAAGAUACUGCAAGUCAACUUACCCCUGGAUCUUCAUACCCAUAUGCAAGCUUAUCCCUGUCCUCACCACAAACUGGCCCAUCUACUAGUGUCCAGGGUUUUCGGAAGCAGUUGACAUCUACCUUCACAGGCACUUCUGGCACCCAGGCAGGAUCAUCUACUCUGCAGGGAAGCGCUGCAUCUGAUGGCUCACCUCAGCUUCAAGAUACUGCUAGAUGGAUUGCCCCUGGCUCUUCAUACCCAUAUGCAAGCUUAUCCCUGUCCUCACCACAAACUGGCCCAUCUACUAGUGUCCAGGGUUUUCGGAAGCAGUUGACAUCUACCUUCACAGGCACUUCUGGCACCCAGGCAGGAUCAUCUACUCUGCAUGGAAGCACUGCUUCUGGUGGGUCACCUCAGUUUGCACCUGUGUCUUCAUACCCAUAUUCUGGAUCCCAAAGCCAGAAGUCUCAAAAAUGGCAGCUUUCAGCCACGAGUUCAUCUCUCAACUCACCAGUGCAGUGGUCUUCCCUGUCAUCUUCAGGGGUUUCUAGUCAGUCUGUUUCUGCACCAGGUGUUAGCACCAGCUAUGUUAGCUCCUUCCAGUCUCCAAGUGCCUCUUCCAAGUAUACACCUGGGUCCCAGGUCUCGUCCUAUGAUUCAAGUGUUGCUAGUCAAAGUACAUCCAGUGUUCAACCAUCCCGCAGCUCUUACUCAAGCCGUUUCUCUGUUAAGGGUUAAAAGACUCUCUACCAUAAUGUGUGCAUUUUGCGUGCAGUAUGCCCAGUAUGUCUUCAGAACCAAAACUAAUAAAUGUUUGAAGCAA